CCUGGGUGUCACUCCAUCGGUUGUCCUUACUCUGAGUACUUUUUUAGCAACAUGGCGAUGGAGACCAGGAGCCUAGUGGAGGAUUACUCCAGAUACCAGAAGGCGUUCGAGCUGUUUCUGGAGCGAUCGUCUGAGCACCAGAGUAUGAGAGACUUCAUCCAGGGGACACUUCCAGACAUUCUGUCUACUGUUGGAGCAGGAAAGUCCACUCUGAACGUGAUGGGAGUGGGAAGUGGAUCAGGUGAGAUCGAUCUGGAAAUGCUCACGCAGCUGCACGCUAAACAUCCCGAGGCCAGCAUUGAGAACGAGGUGGUGGAACCCAACGGAGACAUGACGUAUAAAUAUAAAGUUUUAGUAUCAACGAUGCCGGGCCUCGAUCACAUCACCUUCAAGUGGAAUAAGAUGACCGCGUCUGAGUUUGAGAGCGACUGGAAGCAGAGGAACACUGUCAAGAAGUUUGACUUCAUCCACAUGAUCCAGAUGAUGUACUAUGUGACCGACCCAGGGGCGACGGUUUCUUUUUUCCGAAGCUUACUGCACAAAGACGGCAAACUCCUCAUCAUCCUGGUCUCAGGAGAUAGUGGGUGGGGCGGGUUAUGGAGAUGCUACCGAGAUCAGGUGCACAGCCACUGUGUUACGACUGCAGACAUCAAGAGCUUCUUAGACUCUAAAGGAAUCCCUUAUAGGAGCCACGGAUUUGCGUCCAGUAUGGACAUCACAGAGUGUUUCACCCCUGGUGAUGAGAGAGGAGAGCUGAUGCUGGAUUUUCUGACUGAGAUACUGGAGUUCAGUAGGAGCGCUCCUCCGGAGCUGAAGGCUGGAGUGCUGGAGGUCCUUAAACAGCCCGGGUGCAGCCGAGAGGUGGACGGUAGGGUCAUGUUCAACAGCAACAUGGAGGCCUUGGUGAUUGACCCUGGACUCUGAAGAGGACACGUGCUACUACACUCGGAUAAUGUCUGAGCUUUAUCCUUAGCCAUGAUAUUUACUAUAUAACUGGAAGAGUUAGGAUGAGCAUUAGAAUUGUCAAUCAUAGACAGACUGUCGAUUCAAUUGAAUUUUCCUGUUUGAUUAAUUACCACUAAUAUUCUUUGUCUGAUUUUUCCCAGGCAGCUACUGUAUAUUUCCUACAGGUUUUAAUGUGAAACCACAUGAUCUGAUCUGAUUCGCACUAAGUCUAAUUACUUGUUUGGGCGACGAAGCGUUUUUAAACAGACGUUAGAAUCUGAUUUGUCCAUCUGUGCGCGUUUUGAUUUCUCACAAGCUCAUAAACGCCUGCAUAUAAAACAUGAUGCUAGACACAUAUUUAAAAAAAACAGAUCAAUAUACACAUUUAUUCAUGCUUUUUCACACUAAUGUUUCCUGGUCGAUACAGCAUGUCGAAAUAAAAGAUCAUCUUACACUUUCAGAA